GAUCUUUGCCUGAGCCUGUUGUCAACGGAGACAUGGAAAAGACGGUGAAUGGAAAUGGAAAACUGGCCAAAGAGGUGGAGCAGGACUCUAAGCUGUCAAUCAGCCCAUCUCCAAGCAACACCUCCUCCAACGCCUCACUCACAACACCGUCCACAGAGUUGCCUGAGCCAGUGAUCAUGGGCGCCAUCCCGGGUCUGAACCUGUCCCUGCAGCAGGUCAAGGAGCGUGCUCACCAGAAACGCUCCAACAAGAGGGCCCCGCCCAUGGACUGGAGCAAGAAAAAUGAACUGUUCAGCAACCUGUAGAUAGAGCACCUCGCCCUGCACACAGCCACAUACAGUAGAUACUCACAGAGAGGUCAGUGAAGGAGAGAGAGACGGAGAGAGAGGGGUUGUUCUAAGCCCCAUGUUUUCUAUGACUCAUUAAAACCAGCAGUUUAACUAUUGGUGAGGGAGAAUACAGGUAUAUGUAUGUAAAAUAUAUACACAGAUAUUUGUAUUAUAUUCCAGAUGCUAUAAAUGAUGUGCUACCAAUAUCUAGACGAAUAUGCCAAUGUUGGAAAGGAAACAGCUACAUCAGAUCAGAAUCUUUGUAUUGUGAUU